AUGUCCACAACAUCAAGCUCCUCGCCUGUGGACUUCAGUUUGUUUGGCGGAGCAGAGUCUUUGAGUGAAGGAAAACGGUCUCCUCGUUCACCACGUAGGACAACAGUCCACAGCCCAACCCAACAAGACGACGGCGUGUCUUAUGGCGGCCCUCCGCAGAAUCCGUCCGACUUUCUUUGGUUGAUGACAGAAGAACCCCAUCGCUCACGUCGUAUGGAAAUUCUCAAGUCCCAUCCAGAGGUCACGAAGCUCAUGGGCCACGAACCGCUCACCAAGUAUAUCGUCUUUGGCGUUGUUUCGCUCCAGGUCUAUCUCGCAAUUGCACUUCGCUUUACCCACCCGACCUCCCCGAUAUUCCUACUUUGUGCCUACGCUAUUGGUGGGACCGCCAACCACAACCUUUUCUUGGCAAUUCAUGAGAUCACCCACAACCUCGCCUUCAAGGGCAUCGUUCCCAACAAAUUGCUCGCGAUCUUCGCCAACCUCCCCAUCGGCAUUCCAUACUCUGUCAUGUUCAAGGGCUACCACAUCGAACACCACAAAUUCAUGGGUCAAGACACAAUUGACACAGACCUGCCUACCAACCUGGAACUUCUGUUGCUCAACAAUGUACUCGGGAAAGUCUUCUUCGCGACCUUCCAGAUCCUCUUUUACGCCCUCCGGCCUGGGUUCGUCCGUUCACAACGGCUGGGUCGUUGGCAUUUGCUCAACUUCAUCAUCCAACUUGUUUUCAACUACCUAUUGGUCAGCACAUUCGGUUGGCGCCCUCUCGUAUACCUCGUGAUGAGCAGCUUCUUUGCUGGGAGUUUACACCCCUGUGCUGGCCACUUCAUUGCCGAGCAUUACCUUUGGGACGGUCUGGAGCAAGAGACUUUCAGCUAUUACGGGCCGCUCAACGUCCUUGCCUAUAACGUCGGAUAUCACAACGAACAUCACGACUUUCCCUCAAUCCCAUGGACUCGUCUGCCGACUUUGCGCGCAAUGGUGCCUGAAGUUUACGACACCCUUCCAUCACACCCAUCCUGGCCCAUGGUUAUCGUCAACUUCAUUCGCGACAAAGAGGUCGGCAUUUUUGCGCGAGCAAAACGCCUUUCCAAAGUAGCAGCAGCGAAUAAGCAAGAGGGGGAUUCUGACACGGACAAAUCCGAUUAG